UGUAUGGUCUAGUCUGAUACAUCGUCCGUCUAAUUGUACGUAUGUAGAGUCGAAGUGUUAUUUUCAUGUAUAUACAUAUAACCAGCAUAUACUCUACAUAUACAUAAGCACACAAAUACAAUACAAUUUUUAACACUAUGUCUUUUUGAUACAGCCUUUCAACUCCAACGUGAACGUUGACGUUUGUUAUUACCGAAAUGUCAAUGGCUUAUUCGCUGUUUUUAUUAAAAUAGACAGUUCUGUAAAAUGGGUGAUUUCUUGGCGACUAACAAUAUUUGCGGUCAAAAUUUAUUACGUUUGGUGUCCCGUGGAAAUGCUAUUAUAGCUGAAUUGAUGAGAUUAAAGGAUUAUGUGCCAACAGUAUUUAGUUUGGAUUCAAAACAGAUAAUACAAAAGUAUGGUUCUAUUAUAAUCGAUUUUGCAUAUUUUAAAUCGGUUAAUGUUUAUGAGCAAAAAAUAGAAAAUGAUCCAAUUCUUCAAGAAACUGAUGAGGAUUUACGAAACAAUUAUUCGGAUAUAAUUUCUAGAUUUUAUUUGGCAUUUGAAAGCAUACACAAGUAUGUUACUGAUUUAAACACAUACGUAGAUGAAUUGGGAGAUGGAAUUUAUAUUCAUCAAUCUAUAGAUUCUAUCAUGCUAAAUGAGGAAGGACGGCAAUUAAUGUGUGAAGCAGUAUAUUUAUAUGGAGUUAUGCUACUUCUGGUGGAUUACCAUUUCAAAGGAUGUAUAAGAGAAAGACUGUUGGUAUCCUAUUAUCGAUAUAAUGCACAACGGUCAUCUUCAACAAGUGUAGACGACAUAUGUAUGUUACUUCGUUCAACAGGAUUUUCUAAAAAUUCCAACAAGAGACCUGCGAAUUAUCCUGAGGAAUAUUUUAAGAGAAUAUUAUUGAAUGACUCUCUGAUAGAACAUCUUAUUGGACGUUUACGUUCAGAUGAAAUAUAUAAUCAAAGUCUUGCUUUUCCACAUCCAGAACAUCGUAGUACUGCACUUUCUAAUCAAGCUUCAAUGUUGGUUGUUAUUUUAUCAUUUAAACCAAGCAUGUUACAUUCACAUACAGCCAUGAUGAGAGAGAUAGUAGAUAGAUUCUUCCCUGAUAAUUGGGUCAUUAGCAUUUACAUGGGAAUAGUAAUAAAUUUAUGUGAUUGGUGGUCUCCAUAUAAGGCUGCAAGAACAGCUCUUAAUAAUACACUUGACUCUUCUAAUGUUAAAGUAAUUGCGCAUAAGUAUGGUCAGAAAAUGAAGAAAUUGAUAUCAGAAACAGAGGAAGUACAAUUAGCAGGCACUUUAGAUGACAGUGCAGUAGGGUCACUCGUAAAGUUAGUUAAAGAAUGUAACGUGACUUUGCACUGGAUACUUUUACAUACAGCAAUGUCGACUAUAUCGCUAGAGGAUUCGAAACGUUCGCGUAUGCUCAGGCAGUUAGUAGUGAAUGAAAGUAAAUAUACGACAGUUGACUGUCUUCAACUAUUACUAAGUACAGCUCAGAUUGAACAGGAUGUCAAACAAUUAUACAAAGAUUUGUUAUUUGGUAAAGAAACUAAAUGGCUCAGGGAUAAAGGAAUAUGCGUUGAGAGAAUAAUAGACCUUGCGCAAAUAUUUGGAGGUAAUAAAUCUCUUGAUGGUAUUGAAAAAAAUCAAAAUCUACAUGCAUGGUUUAUGGAAAUUAGCAAACACAUUGACUCUCUACAACAAGAAGAUGGAAGGAAAAUAGCACAAUUGUUACCGGCAUUGGAAGAAGUGCAAGAAUUCCAUCAGUUGGAAAAUAAUUUACAUAUAUCUCAGUAUUUAGCUGAUACACGGGAGAUAUUGCACAAUAUGUUACGUACAGGAAGUAUCACAGAAGACACUAUGAUCAGUUUAAAUAUAGUGACAGAUUGUUGCUAUGCAUGGAAUAUAAUGGAAUCUUUUAUUGAAACGAUGCAAGCUAGCAUAAAAGAAUGUCCUCCUACUGUAAUUAAAUUAAAAGCAUUGUUUUUAAAAAUGGCUUCGGCGUUGGAAACACCGUUAUUGAGAGUGAAUCAAGCACGUAGUGCAGAUCUAUCAUCAGUAUCUCAAUACUAUAGUAGAGAAUUAGAAAAAUAUGCAAGACGUGUCUUACAAAUAAUACCAGAAACUGUAUUUGGUUUACUCGCUGAGAUCGUACAUCUUGAGACAAAUGCUUUCAAGGAAAUUCCUACUAGAUUACCGAAAGAUAAAUUAAAAGAAUAUGCACAAUUAGAUGAUAGAUUAAAAAUGGCUAAGUUGACGUAUGCUGUGUCAGUAUUUACGAAAGGUGUAUUAUCCUUGAGAAGUGUUCCCUUGGGAGUGUUGAGAGUUGAUUCCCAUCGCUUAUUAGAAGAUGGUAUACGACAAGAAUUGGUAAAGAAAGUAACAGUAGCCUUGGAUAAUGGUCUUGUUUUCGAAUCAAAAUCAAAAAUACCGAUAUUACAGAAACUUAAUAAUUUAGCCGCAAUUAUGGAUGGUUAUCGUAAAUCUUUUCAAUAUAUUCAAGAUUAUAUAAAUAUUAAUAGUUUAAAGAUAUGGCAUGAAGAG